AAAAUUUCAGAUGGUUCUAGGGUUUCUAGAUCCCCCAAAAAACACCCCCUGUAUCGGACACCAUUUUUGCUGACCUCGCUUACAAACAGCCUAUCAUUGCUGGAUUUUUGCUGGAUGCUUGUGCUGGGGUAAUUUGGCCAAACCUGGAAACCUGUACGAAAGUGGAGACAAUGAAGUUACUGAUUAAAAUGCUCAGUGCUAGUGAUCAGUUUGAAAUUGAAGCUCGGGACGAGUUUAUUACGAUCCUUGAAUUAAAGAAGCGAAUAGGGGAGAUUAAAGGUAUCCCGGCCAAUUCUCAGAGACUUUUAUAUAAAGGAAAGGCCCUGAGCGAUAAUAAAACAACAAAAGAUUAUGGUGUUGGGGAAGGCAGCCGGCUACAUCUUUCCAUAAAGUCUCAGGGAAGCAGUCGAAGCUGUACAAGUACAACGCAGGAGAACAAAGAUGUUAGAUUUCAUAAUUUAGAGAACAAGAGUUUCAUAACAAAACUUGAAGACGUUCUGGGUUCCCAUUUUUCAGGAGAAGAUUCGAAAAAGGUCAUAUAUCAUUUUAAAACAAUGUACGAAGACAUGUUGUAUUCUAUGAGCUUAGAUGAUAUUGAAAGGCUUGCAAAAAGUAAUUUGAAAAAUCAAGUGGCACUCAUUCAAAAUUAUAAAUAAUUGUGUAUAAAGUUGUUAAUGUGAAAGCAUAUUGCACUAGAUAGGUAUACACUCCCCUAGCAAAAGUAUUGCACCACCUUGUUCAAAUGGUGGCACUUUUUGUCAACUUUUCAACCAUACUAAACAUUUGAAUGCAGAAAUUGAAAAUGUUUGGCUUUGUAUGUAAAACAUCAUGAACCAUGAUUCAAAUUGUUCUUGAUAAACCAGAGAACCAUUAAAUAAAUUCUUCAGGUUUGACCUGAAAUACCAAAAUAAUACAUUGCCAAAUUAUAUCCAACCAAUUCAAGAAGGCUGGAAGCAAAUUCAAAAGUUCUAGCUCCCGUCAAAAUAUUGAAAUUUGAAACUGUUAAAAGGUUUUUUUACUGUUUUUUCAAAAAGUGUUCUAAAAAGAUUGAAGUGUUGGUUGAUGGUUGUUGUCCUAUACACCACUUUAAAACAUCAUCAAUUUGCGCAAUAAUAGCUUGUGAUUAUUCUCCAGCAAUUUACCUCCUUCCAGAUGGUGGAAUACUUUUGUGAGGGAAGUGUAUGUUUCAAAAAUAGCAUCACCUAUAAAAAUUGCAUCACAUAGAAGAUAUCCAGAGUCUUAAUUGAAUUUAUUGUAACAAACUGUCAAUGAUAUCCGUUAACAUCUUAAACUUUUAGUUAAACAUGAAUCAUAGGUAAUUUAUACAAUUGUUCAGUUCUGAUUUCAUUUACCAACCAAAUUGUUUAUUGAAAUA